AUGGGUAUGAUUGAAUGCCCUAGAGACGUGCUGGCAAAUAGGGGUGUGCAAAACACGGAUGUGGAAGCUACAGAUAGUUGUGAUUGUCAAAUAUCUAGCAAAUUGGAUUUUAGGAGUGGUAUAGACUUGAAUGGUUCUGUAGAAGUUGAAAAUAAUGAAGUUGGAGGUAGUGAAGAAGAGUCAGAAGAAGCCACAAAACCUAAUGAAACGGUUAAUUCUAUUCAUUCCAAAAUGCGUCAAGAAUUGAUUCUUGUAGUUGGUAUGGAGUUUGAAACAGAAGAUGAUGCACAUGCUUGUUACAAUCGAUAUGCAUAUAGAUUUGGUUUCAUUACUAGAUUAAGUAAAGCACAUAAAUCCUCCAGUGGCCUAUUGAGGGACAAGUUCUUUGUUUGCUCAGCCGAAGGUAAACGUGGAAGAGACAAGCAAAAUCUAUAUGUCAAAUCUCAUUGUGCUGAGACAAGAUUUGGUUGUAGAGCUAAGAUGAAAAUUAGGUAUGAUCUGUUAUCCAUAAAGUACAGUGUUGUGGAAUUUGUUGCUGAUCAUAUUCAUGUGACUUCAACUCCUAGUAAGACCCAUCUUUUUAGGUCUCAUAGGAAAAUCUCUCUUGCACAAAUUGUUCAAGCUGAUAUGGCUUACGAUUCAGGAAUCAAUCCAAAAGAAACUCUUGAACUAUUGAGUAGACAAGCUGGUGGUUGUGAGCAUUUGGGAUUUAUUCCAGAAGAUUAUAGGAAUUAUUUAUGUUCAAAGCGAACAAGAGAAAUGAAGUCAAGGGAUACCGGUGGUGUUUUGGAAUAUCUAGAAAGAAUGCAAUUGAAUGAUCCAAAUUUUGUUUAUGCAAUACAAGUGGAUGAGGAUGAUUUGUUAACCAAUAUUUUCUGGGCUGAUGUAAAGAUGAUGGUAGACUAUGAUUACUUUGGUGAUGUAGUAUGUUUUGAUACCACUUACAAGAAAAAUAAAGAAGGCAGACCUUUUGUGAUGUUUGUUGGUGUCAAUAAUCAUAAGCAAACACUUAUAUUUGGUGCUGUAUUGUUAUAUGAUGAGACCGCUGAAAUUGUCAUGUGGUUUUUUGAUACCUUUGCAAAUACAAUGUCUAGAAAGAAACCAAAGAGCAUUUUGACUGACCAAGAUCUUGCAAUGGCUAAAGCAUUAGCUUCACAAUGGCCAGAAACACAUCAUCGAUUAUGCAUUUGGCACAUAUAUCAAAAUGCAGCUAAGCAUCUUAGUAGUGUGUUUGAGAAGUUUAAGGAUUUUGCCGAAGACUUUAGCAGUAUCAUAUAUGAUUAUGAAGAUGUUGAAGACUUUUUAAUUGCUUGGAAGAAGAUGCUUGAAAAAUACAAUCUCCAAGAAAAUAAAUGGUUAGGCCGGUUAUUUGAUUUGAAGGAGAAAUGGGUUUUAGUUUAUGGGCAAGAAACAUUCUGUGCGAAUAUUAUCACUACCCAAUGCAGCGAAAGCAUGAAUAAUUUUAUCAAGAAGUAG